GGUUCGUGAGAAUCCAAAAACAUUGAACAUUCAUUCCAACUCAUCAUAUAAGAAAUCAGAAGCCAAAUAAUUUCCCUGAACUUCAAAAUCCUUUGCCCUAAAAUCUUAAUAAUGAGCUCCAGUUCAGUGACAGAAUUCAUAACGAAUGAAGUCCCUGAUUGGAGCGACGACGUAGUAACCUCUGCCAGAUUCAAAGCGUUUAGCGGACAAAGAUCUGAUUGGGAACCCAAAUUCCACUUUUGGAGAGAUUUGAUCCUCAAAAUCGCUCGCCAUUUCGACCUUCUAAUCAUUCAUCCUUCCAAGAUAAAGCACGAGUGGUUUAAUCGAGGGGGGCUGACACCUUUAUGUCUUGACCAUGUACUGUUUGUAAUGUAUAAUGAAGGUGAUAUUAUUCGAAUUGCGGACCUUGUGGAUCCAACUAGUGGGCGACUCUCCCAGCUGUUUAGGAAAGUUAGAAGUUUAAUGGCUGGAACAAUGAUUCCUCCAGAAGUUUUGCUCAAAGGUCAUGUUAUUUUUGCCACACUUAUGAAGGAUAAAGCUGCUGAAGUUAUCAAACGUUUAUCUGAAAGUCAUUGGACUUCUUUGUGCAUUAUUACGAUGAAGAAGUUCCAGGACUUGUGUGGAGGAAAAGAUGAAGCAUCUGCAGUCUUGAGUUACUUGUCAGGAUGUGGGAAAGCACAGUAUUUGUCAAUCUUUAAGAAAGACUUUAUAGAGGGUCUAAAAGUCUCCCUUUCACUGGCAGCAGUUUCCAGUAUCUCAAGUUUAGAUUGUGACGUUUUGCACCUGGUUUGGACAAUGGAAAAGCUUCAGCAACAGCUUGAUGUUACUGACAGACACUAUGAGAUGUCUAGAAAAUCAGCAUUAUCUUCAUUGCAAUCUGGAAACAAGACAGUGGCCCUGAGACAUGCAAGGCAGUUAAAGUUGGCCAAAGAGAGUAGAGAGAAAUGUACGUCACUUUUGAAUAGAGUGGAGGAAGUGCUAAGUGUUAUUGAAAAUGCUGAAUCUACAAAAAAGGUCUCUGAGGCAAUCCAAAUUGGAGCACAAGCAAUAAAGAAAAAUAAGAUCAAUGUGGAGGAAGUUCAAAUCUGUUUAGAAGAACUUGAGCACAGCAUUGAUAUGCAAAAGCAAGUUGAGAAAGUGCUAGAAUCAGCUUCAUCGGACAAAGGAAUUGACGAUGAAGACAUUGAAGAGGAGUUCAAGAAAUUAGAGUUGGAAGUUGAAAGUGAAAAUUCUCAAGUUAUGAUCCUUAAAAAUGGGGUUAAUGAAGCAGAAAGAGAAACAUUAUCUUCAGAAUCUGCCGAAUCAUUGAGUGUUGCAUUUUCAAGUCUUGGGCUUGGGGAUGGUCCUACUAGGGCGUCAGCGUCAGCAUCAGCAAUUCAAGCUUCUGUGGAACCAUUCAGAAACAAGGAAUCAGAGAAUCGCAUGCCUGAAGCAGCUUAGUUUUUAGACCCCCAAAAUGACCGCCAUAAUUAAUUUUCUUAGUUUCAUUUGUGAUAUAGUUGUCAAUCAUGAGAUGUAGUUGGCUUUCAAAGUAAUUUGUACUUAACAAUUCUGUUUGUACUUUGUAUUCCAAAAUUUAUACAAGCGAAGGAAUUUGAUGUAAAUAAUGUUUUCUUCAA